UCUUAUGGAAGAUGACUGGAACCUAAAGAUUACAGACUUUGGUCUAUCUGAGUUUGUAGAUGGCAAUGGGGCCGCUACUGAAAUUGGUACAGUGCGAUACAUGGCACCAGAAGUGAUUUAUACAGAAGGCAACGUAAUACGAAACUACAAAAGCAGGGCAGAUAUAUGGAGUGUCGGCUGCACAGUGUUAGAGAUGAUUAACGGGAAACAACCAAACUCGUCAGUUCCAACACAGCAGAUUGUUUUCCAGACCUACCUGGGGAACCCUCUUAAAUAUCAACUACCUGAAGCGUCAUCUGUUUACUUGAAAGAGUUUUUAGAAAGGAUUUUACAGCAGGAAUCUAACUUAAGGCCAACUGCUGAGUGGUUAUUAAAAAACGACCCGUUUAUUAAAGGGACUGACGGGCUGGAGAGUUUUGUUGAGAUUAAAUAA